AUGGAUUGCAUCCACAGACCUGAUUUUAUCAAACUGCCGAUAGAUAUCCAGCGCGAAUACGCUGAAGUAAGUGUAGUCUUUCAGAGCACUAUGAGUAUAUGGCUGUGGUCUGACGUGGCCCGUCUCAAACAGCACUAUCGGUUUCCAAGCCCAAAUCAAUUAUCUUUGGAGCAAAUCAGUGCUCUCCUCAGUGGGAUUGAUUGGAUUCCAGCAUUGAAGCAUCAUGUCUGGAUACCAAGGCCCGACUUCAAAGGUGUUACUGUCUCCCGCGAUUUGAACGAUCUCGAGACAUGGUGUGCAAAUGCGGUAGUGGCUGAGACCCUGGGCACACAGAAAUCUCGAUCAUUGAUUCCUCUAGCUGUCUUAUACAGCCUCCUGCGAGAGCAAUUCGAGGAGGGACAGGCGUAUAUGCACGGCCGAGUACCACAGGAUGAGGCCAGAAAAGACUCCGUUGCUAAAAAAGGCCGCUAUACCGCUGUGGCUUCCAUGAGUCAAAAGCAAAUUGUCCUGUCUAUGGCUCGAAUUCGGCUAAUUCGCAGUAAAAAAUAUCUAAAUUCUAGACAACCCUUAAUAACCCUGCGAGAAGAUCUAUUGGGACAGAUUGUACGGGAUAUAGCUGUCAAGUCCAAUUCUUCAACAAGCACGAAGGACGAAACGCAGCUGGAUGAGGUUAAAUCUUUAGAAAUCUCGAAACUAUCUCGAGGCCGAGUGGCAGAGCUGCGCCUGGCCGCUAAAAUUUCUGCCCAGUCUCUGCAUGACAUCAAAGCUCAAGAAUCGCGCUCCCUUUCAGCCCAAAGUGGCCCAGCCAGAGAACCACAGCAGACAACCAAUGAUUCUGUCAGUAGUAAACCCGCCUCAUUCAAGUUGUUAGAAGAUUCAGGGACGGCAGAUCCUGGAGCGAAGACCCCGGGCAAGGCUGCACUUCGCAGAAGUGACAGCAUCAAGAGAGACAAGAGGAGCCCUAAAAGCAGCCGUCGUCGUAAGAGUGGACGACGAAAACGCCUCGAACUCCAGGAAUAUGCAAAGGAAUUGGAGACGAGCUUGAAGGUCAUACACGAAGCCGAUGAGGACGGUUAUGAAUCAGACGAUUUCCAAUCCACAGACCCCAUGCCACAGGGUGGCAUUGAAGAUGAAUAUGAAUUUAUUCCUUCCGACGAAGAUCAAGACUUUGACGUCGAUGUUUCCCCGGAGGUUGAAGAACAGACCAGCGAGAUUGGUGUCCCUGUGGCACAGGAAAAGCAUGGGUCUGUGUCUGGCAUUAUUGCCGGAUUCAAAUCAAUUUGUGCAGACGCGUCGAAUGCGGUCGCGGGUGGUACACAGACUAUAGUUUCAGGAGUCCAUAAUUUAUUAGCCAUUGGACGCCCAAAGCGCAAGCGCAAUCUUGCAGACGAGGGCAUUCAGGACGAUGAGGUAGUCAACGACCAGACGCCAACAACUCCUACACGUAAAAGGGCGCGGAUAGAGCUGGAUUUGGAGCAUGAACACAUUCGCAGGUCGUACACGCAGGAUACACUGCCAGCAAAAACGACGCCAUCUCCGUCUGCACGAUCCGAGAGAAGAUCACUCGCUUCCAACCCGAAGAGGAGUUAUGCAACAAGGCGUCGUCGCGCGCCGGCGACAAGAGUGACCAUCAGUGAAUUCGGUCAGAUCCAGAGGUUUCCGAUGAUGGACGACCGAAUGGACACCGAUCCUCCCGCGAGGGCUUAUACUAGGGAAGACGAAACUCAAAACAUUUCGACUGUGGAGGAAGCUGGUCCUCCAACCUCGUCGACCCGUCAACUUCCGCGUACAAGGGCAAUGGCCCUUUCUUCCUCCAGCCAGUCUGCUCGCCCAACUGGCGUCAAGUUCCCUCUGGGCCGAAACUGA